UCGAGGACACUCAAAAAGUACAAGGAGAGUCCUUCAGCCUAGACCAAGUCGAAUCGCGUCUACCCGUUUCCUCCGAUCUUCUCGAUCUCCUUCGAUUUCUACCUCGAUACAAAAUGAACGUGAUGCGAGUUGGCGCGAUGUUUCCGCGAGUUCCUGCUUCUCGUGACAAUACGCGGAACGUUUAAAAGUUUGAAACGUCGUUGCUCGGAAGCAUAGCGGUGUGUCGUCUAGAAUCUAAACUAAGAUCAAACUCGUGAGUGUUGGUGAAACGAACGAUGGACCACGAACAACCGUUCGAUAGAAAGACAGUGGUCGGGUGUGCGAGUGAACUGAUCGUUUGAACGACGACCGAUUCCCAGUGGUUUGGGCAAGUGAUAUUUAAGCAAGUUGGAGUAGAAAAAGGGGACGAGAGUGGACGAGUGAUAGUAAGCAGAAGGUAGGAGAGAGUUUUAGAAAAGAAAAUCGAACGGGAAGAGGGGUGUUAAAAGAUAAAAGAGACAGGAGAAAGGGAGUAAUAGGAAAAGAGGGAACGUCGGUGCGUGAACGAGUGUGCGAGAACCACGAGGACAUUAACAUGUACUGACGCCACUACUAACAUCUCCUCGACUUUUCAAAAUGGCGGACAAGAAUAAGAUUCUACCCUGGCCGCUGCUAUCCUAUCCGACCAGUCUCUUGAAUCACGUCUGGUACAGCCAGAUCGCUUUCAAUAAUAGAAUAUUGGAGAGCAUCAAGAUGCCCAGAACAAGUUUCCACAUCCAUGACAUCCUGCAGCUCGAUUCUAAACCGUCCCAGGAAGAAACGGAGGUACAAGGUAGUACCACGGUGCUACCGACCACGAACGAUGUUCCGUCGGCGUAUCAACAGUUUUUCGAACACACGACGGCCAUGUUACAGCCCGCGAUAUACGCGAACUUGAACAGAGGCACCCUACCACCCCCGCCGCCUGGUUUACUGGGAUGGCCGACUGGUCCAACGUUACCAACCACAUUACCUCAGCCUCUGGAGGAAGUUAACGUGUUGCAGCAGCCAGACUCAACGAGCCCGACGAUCUCGGACCUUUCGUUCCCGCCGAAACAGGAGACAAACCACGAGUGCAAAGAGGAGGAGUCUGCUGAUUUCGAAGACGAGCAGCAGGCAAACGAGGCGCAACCACACGAGACUGAACACAAGAAACGAAAAAGACGAGUGUUGUUCUCGAAAGCGCAAACGUUCGAGCUCGAGAGGCGUUUUCGACAACAGAGAUACUUGAGCGCGCCGGAAAGAGAGCAUCUGGCCUCGAUCAUUCGACUGACGCCCACGCAGGUGAAAAUUUGGUUCCAGAAUCACAGGUACAAGACAAAACGUGCAGCCACUGAAAGGGUAGAGGCCAGUGGAAGUGGAUGUUCACCCAGAAGAGUCGCGGUCCCAUUGUUGAUCAAGGAUGGAAAACCUUGUCAGUCGAAAUUAAUGGAACCUACCACGUAUCCAAGCACUGGCCAAGUUCCUAUGCCUCCAUACAUGCAAAAGCCAUACUGGUGGUAAAAAAAGCAACGGUGAACUGUUAAACGCAAUCGUCGAAUGAAUUGCGAAUCAAUUUCAUCGUGGACUGUUGCUAGACUAUUGGACAUUGUUGGCACUGGGAUAUCUGCGGGAUUGUUGGGAAAUGGGAAUCGGGAUAAUCGUUAUAGGGGUAGAUUUAUCCGCAGGUUUGUGGACGAAACGGUGGAAGAUUGUUAUUGUUAAGUGAUUAGAUUCCGGUGAUGCAAGAUGAAAUAUGGUUACUGUCUACGAAUAAUGGACACUCUUCCUGAAACGAAGAAGAGAAAAUGGACGGGUGAUGUCUUCUCUUGUGAAUAAAACUGUUGAUGGUUUUCGCGACCGAAUUCUGCGAAGAUUUGUCAACGAUUCGAUCGAUGGUUAUUAUUUAUGGACAACGAAGAGUGGAUGUUUCCAAGAGGAGUUAACAGGAAACAGAGUUUCUCUAUUGAAUGUUAAUAUUAAUAUUGAUAAUUAUCGGAUUUCGAUGAACGAAGAUCGAGAGAUAACUUGUGAAUAAUUUCGUCGAUGAUUAUUACCAACAACCAGGGUUAGAUAUUUUUGAAAGGAAGAAUAAUCCGAGUGGAACGUAGCAACCGAACGUAUUUAUCGAUCAUUGAUGAACAGGCCCAUCCGAAAUCGGGAAGGUAUCUUAAAACCACAGUCAACAACGGAUUAAGUGCUUCGUAAACAAUAUCUUAACUGAAAAGUUCAGUUCUUAAAAAAGACAAGUGAUAAUCGAAGAAUCUUAAAGUAAUAUAUUAUACCGGUAAACAUCGACGAUAAAAAUCGGUUACGAACAAGUCAAUAAGACGUUGUUAUCGAUAAUUCCCAGAAUACGGAGAAUACAAAUUGACCAAGAAAAAGUCACUGAGAUGUUGUGGAUCGAAGAAAAAAAAAACACACAAAGUUGGCAUCCGAAGGAUAACUUUAAGAAAAACCAUGCUGAAACUCCGAAGUGAAUUCCGAUGGGAAAAGAAUGUUACCGUUACCAUUCGUAGUAAGAUUAUCAAGAAUGAAACGUAUUAUUAGCGUAGGUAUCGUUAACAGUAACGAAGAGCGUGUUGUCUACAGAACUUCGAGGAUAUUCGUGUUCUCAUCGUCAGAAUAAACGAAUUACUCCCGGUCGAAGUUGACGAUAGACAGAGGCGUUCUAAUUCGAUAUAGAAAUGAUCGAACGCUACACGAUGGAGACACGGUGGCAAUUACGCGAAUUCGAUGAAACUUUUAAUCGAUAAAAGUGUCAUUCGAGUGAUACUAUGCGACUACCGAUGUGACUACGUCGUGUUUCCUCGAUCGUAUCAGAUGUUCGCGGUGGACUGGCAAAACCAAAGAUGAAAAAUCCUAAACGUCGUAACGACAGAGUGAUCUACUACGCUAUAAAUAGACAAUUGGAUAAGAUACGUAUGUAUAUACGUAAGCAUCGUGGAGUCAAAACUUUGGAAUCACUGUACGAGUUGAUGUAUAAUUUUGCUAAUUCGUAAAACUUUCUAGUCAAAUAAAUUUAAAUUAACUAAACUAGAGAAACUAAAGAACUUUGACUAUAAAGAACGAUUUCGAUUAGAUUACUUAAUUUUAGAGUGUUGAUAGGUUUUAUCGCAUAAAAUCAAGAAUAAUAUGCAAUAAGGCUGGGUAUCCUAAAAAAUUAAGUAGCUUAAUUUAAAUUAUUGUAAUUAUUAUAAUUUAACGAUCAUCCAUCACCCCCAACCACACCUUUACCGAUAUCUGAAAUAGCUUUAAUACCAAAUAUCCUCGAAUACUCCUAUAAGCAACUAUCGUUAGUCGAGAAGAUCGAUUAAGCAUAGCUAAGAGCGUGAUUUCAAAUUUUUGGCCAGUAUCGUAGGAUCGAUCGUUAGAUAGAUUCGCAGUUUCCAGGUUAUUCGUUUUCUUUCUUCGAUUUGUACAAAGCUGUGGUUAGUCCAUGUAGCGUGUAUGUAUGUGUAUAUAUGAGUGUACUUUGAGAAAAGUAUUUCUCGCGUUCGUACUUAAAGAUCCUAACAGAGAUCCGUCGUUCCUUCUUACGGACAACGGAUAAAAAAAUUAAGUAUAAUAUCAAAGUUAAUAUCGUCGUUUUUCGUAAGACGUUUGCAAAAGGAAAAAUGGCGUGCAGCAAAAUUGCAAAGAUUCCUGAUUGUUCUUAUGUAAUACGAACACACCACUUUCUAUCAAUCUAAUCGCGAUAACGAGAUAAAAUAAAGCGAAAAACAAUCUCUCGUGGAGAGUUAGAGAGUAAAAAGGUCGUUACAUGUACAUUCUUACAAAAUGUAAUUAGUCGGAAGAAUCAAGCUUGCAACACGAAAGAUUUAAUCCUUAAAGGUUGUCACUGGCGAAAGAUUGCAGCACAUCUUACAAAUCAAAAUAAUGUCCAUUUAUUAUCGUUCGAUAUUAAACAUUAUUAGAACAUUCUUUUAUUUGCAGUGAUUAGAAAUAAUAAUAUUGCGAUGGGUAGACGAAAAUUCGUAUGGGACGAAAUCCCACGCAUGAUAGCCUUUAAGGGAUAAUUUCUUUUCUUUUCUUUUUUUUUGAGAUGAAAAGAAAAAUCAUCGUAUAUAGAUUCGUAGCAGAAAUUCGAAUAUCGUGAUCGUUGAGAAAAAUAUCACACGGUAAGUCGUUAAUUGUAUGAUUUGAACGUCCGUUGUAAAAUAAACGCAGUCCAGUUUUGUAAAUGUUACGCGUUAAAGAUCUUUUUCGCGUUAUCGUACUACCAAGAUUCUCGAUUGUUUCGUUUCUCAGAGAGAACGUUUCGUAGAACGAGGGUGGGAAGCUGGUAUUAUAGUGUAAUUAUAGAGAAGUGACGUGACAGAUACCAGUCGAUACAGAGAUCCCAGUUUAUCACCUUUAAUUAAGUAGCAUGUAAUUACGUCGAAUAGGUUGUAUAUAUGUACAUUGUGUAUAAUACAUAGUAGUCUGAUAUAUCAGAUACAUAUUUAAUAAAAUCGAAUCUUAAGCGAA